AUGUGUCUCUCUCUCCUCCUCUCACGGGUUUCAAGCCUGCAACAGGAAAAAAAAAAAGAAAAAGAAAAAAGAAAGAAAUUUCAGACACAAUUCACUCGCCGACGUCCGCUCGUCGACGUCGUCAGUGGCCAAAACAGCAGCGUCGGCUACGACGACAUGCCCCUGAGGCUGAUUUCUGUCUCUCCGGCGGCCACAUCAGCAGUGCCGGCUACGACGACGUUCUACGGGGGUACAGCAUCACCGUCGGCCACCGCACGCAGGUGCCUCAAGCGACAGCUUCUGCAUCUCCAGCGGCCGCAAGAAACGGCUUUAUGCCUCUCCGGCAGCGUCAAUCCGGCGCCGCUCUAG